CCAUCACAACCAAUACCAGUGAGUCUACUACAAGUACCUCCCGCCAUUCCUUUCAUCAGACCGCGCGACACAGCGGAUACGCUCUUUUUUUCAGAAGGGUUUUUAUACCCAAACUGAGGCCAACCUAAUAAGAAAAAUCCAUAUUUCACCGACAUGAACAAACGAGGAUUAGCGCACGUUCGCGUUGGGCAUGCUGGUGCACCACAAACGCACCAAAAGCGUUCUUCAUGCGCAACAGGCGGUUUUUACAUCAGCCCCUCUCAGGGUCAAACUGUUUCUAGCAGUAGUCCCUUCAAUAUCACAUGGGACACAUCCUGCUUGCCCAACACACAAGCUGUCGAUAUCUAUCUUAUUGCCCCCAGCUUGAGCAGCAGCCGUAUCCACGAGUGGCAAAAUGUUAAUUACGCCUUGGGAACUUAUCAGACCAGCCUUGAGACCAAGUGGUGGAAUGACACGUCCACGGUCAAUCUACAGCUUUCCAUCGUCACCACCAACACACAACCAUUCCUUAGCCCGUUUCCCGCGGGCCCUGUAUUUACUGCUACAUAUACUGCACCAUCCGAUGGUUCUACCCCAGCCAGCGCCGAUCUCAGUUCUCCUGGCGGUGUCACUUAUGUUGGAAAUUUCUCUUCCAAUAGCUCUUCCUCUAGCGGCAAGAUCGCUGCCGGCGUCCUGGUGCCGCUGAUUUUCAUCGGACUGGGACUAGCCGUCUACUUCAAAUUAAGUCGUGCCAAAUCCAAGGAAAAGAGCAGACGCUUCAGCGAGGCCAUCGACAAGCGUAUGUCGACGAUUUCCGUGGACUGGAAGUCCAUGUCUGCUGCUGGCGCUUCGGCAGCCAUUCGUCACAGUAUGGCAGUUUCAGUCGGAGGAAAUCGCAACUCGUCGUUUUCCUCUGGUCCACUUCGUCCUGUCAGCACUGCUGCUGUUGAAGGCGAUCCUUCUAUAUCAGACAAAGACAGCUUUGACGUGCCAAGGAUGUCUCAACUACGCUCCGGUUUGCGUUCUCAGACUAACUUAGGCGAGCGGGUAUCACGAGUGUCAUUCGCUACAGACAUUCGUCCAUCAAUAGAGUCUCGUCGCACGGUCGGAACCAGUCGUGCCUUCCAUACUGGCUUUGUGCCUCCUCUUCCUUCCAACGAUGACAAGGAAGAGACGGGAGACCUUUCUCCCACACAAACGAAGGGACCCUUUACUCUCACUCCAGAUGAUAUCCGUGCCCGCAUGUCCCUUAGUGGACCAUCGGAGGCGCGUCCUAGCAUGGAUGAAGUUUGGCCGUCCUUGAGCAUGAUGCGCACAGGAAACGAAGCUGGUGGAGAUGAUUAUUUGCUACCCCAAGAACAGCAGAGCGUUGAUAUGCCUCUUCCUCCCGUUCCAGCACAUCCUGCCCCGGAAUCAGGUCUUUCUAUGAUGCCCAUGCCUGCCAGCGUCAUGUCUCCCGACGAGAUGCUCCGCGCCUAUGCCGAACGGAGAAUGAAGUCCCCUCCCCCUACUGGCUCCUUGGCAUUCCCUAUCCCAGCUGCGAGCUACAGUGGUAAUGGUAUGCGGACGCUGUACACUCCCAGCCUCUCUACCCAGGAGGGGGGCGAGCAAAACAACCGUUACACUCAAGCGUAUGAUGAUCCUUACGCUGGCACCGCAACUUGAUCCUGCAGAUCUGUGGUGUAAUGGUGUAACUUCACGUUAAGAUAACGAUAUCGCUCUUUCGGUCUAUCGCGUUUCGGUUCCGUAGCCUCGGUUUCACGACAACUUUGUACUUUUUGCAGUGUUACGUUGCCUUCUGAUUCCACCUUUCCUCUUUCAGAUUCGUUAUCGAUACGUGCGUCCGCGUCAGUGGUUCUUAUUGCGUAUCUAUUCCCUGCGUACCCUUCAUACCCACGUCAUCGCCUCUUCCCAUUGUUUCUAACGUUACCUGUUCUGGUCCCCGGCGAUAGUGAUCAGGACCUUGUACCCACUUUGUCACGGGACGCCGCUGGACUGGCAGCCCUCGACUAUGAUUACCCAAUUGUGAUUGUCGGUUUGGAGUUCAAUUUGAUUCUCUCUUAUCGUGAUAUUUGAC